GGCGGCGGCCAGGACGGCCCCCAGCUCCAGGCCCCUCCCGCGAGGGCCGGGUCCCAAAACCAAUAUACAGAUAUUUUUUUAUCUCAGAACGGCCAAAUCUCUGAAGUGUGCGUGGGGCGGGUGACACGAAUAUACGCACAGAUGUGAAGGCUGCUUAUUGUGUAACGCACACGCCAUCAGGCCGCUCUUGCGCGGCUCACGCCCCUGCGCGACGAACAAGCGGGCCGCCUCGCCGCGCGCCGGCCCGGCGCCCCAGUUCGCAGCGGGUCUGUGGGUCGGUCGGCGUCGCGCGGGGGCGGGGGAGCGCGCGGGGGCGCGUGCGUGCGAACGUCCGGGAGCGCGCGCGCCGCCGCCGCCGCCGUUUGGAGCAGCCGAGGCCGGUAGUGGAGUUUGAGUGCGAUGGCCCAGCCGCAAGGCCUGCAGGCGGCGGCUUUCACGAUCGAGGCGUCCAUCCGCUCUUCGUCAUGAGAGAAACAUCAGUCUGGACUCAGGCCCUGCCAGUGCCCUCUGUCCUCCCUACGUUCAUGGACACACCAUCCAGCUGCUCACAUUCGGACCAGAGUCCGAAAUCUCCAGCAAUCAGGACUCCCCAAGUAUCCCUGUUUUGAAGGCACUUAGUAUUUUCUGAUCUUUGAUUUUUAGGAGACAGAACUCUGACACAAAGAAAUCUGAACCACAGGAAAAGUAUUCAAGGGUCAUGCAAGCCAACUUUAGCCAACCACAUAGUCCUUUAGGAGCUCCAGGCAGUGAGGCUGCCUCUGCCUCCCACUGUGUCCAUACAAGAUUGGCUGGAGAAGGUUCUUGUCUUCAUUCUGGAGAUGUUCAUAUCCAGAUAAACUCUAUACCUAAAGAAUAUGCUGAAAACUCAAGCUCCAGAAAUGUAAGGUCAGGUGUCCAUAGCUGUACCCAUGGAUGUGUACAUGGUCGAUUACGGAGUCACUCCCACAGUGAAGCAAGGCAGCCUGAAGAUAUGGUCAUGGAGUCUGGAGAUCAUAGUAGUAGUUCCCUGAACUCAGAAUUCCGUUAUCUCUUCAAGUGGCUGCAAAAAAGUCUUCCAUAUAUUUUGAUUCUGAGUGUCAAACUUGUAAUGCAGCAUAUAACAGGAAUUUCUCUUGGAAUUGGACUGUUUACAACUUUUAUGUAUGCAAACAAAAGCAUUGUAAAUCAGGUUUUCCUAAGAGAAAGGCGCUCAAAAAUUCAGUGUGCUUGGUUACUGGUAUUCUUAGCAGGAUCUUCUGUCCUUUUAUAUUACACUUUUCAGUCUCAAUCACUUUACUACAGCUUAAUUUUUUUAAAUCCUACUUUGGACUAUUCAAGCUUCUGGGAAGUACUUUGGGUAAUUGGAAUUACAGAUUUCAUUCUGAAAUUUCUUUUCAUGGGCUUAAAAUGCCUUAUUUUACUGGUGCCUUCUUUCAUCAUGCCUUUUAAAUCCAAGGGUUACUGGUAUAUGCUUUUAGAAGAAUUAUGUCAGUAUUACCGAACUUUUGUUCCUAUACCAGUUUGGUUUCGUUACCUGAUAAGCUAUGGGGAGUUUGGUAGUGCAACUAAGUGGAGUCUUGGAAUAUUGCUGGCUUUGCUCUACCUCAUAUUAAAACUUUUGGACUGUUUUGGACAUCUACGAGCUUUCAGACGGGUUUUGCAUAUAUUUUUUACACGACCAAGUUACGGGCUAACUGCCAGCAAGAGACAGUGUUCAGAUGUGGAUGAUAUUUGUUCAAUAUGUCAAGCUGAAUUUCAAAAGCCAAUUCUUCUCAUCUGUCAGCAUAUAUUUUGUGAAGAGUGCAUUACCAUGUGGUUUAACAGAGAAAAAACAUGUCCACUGUGCAGAACUGUGAUUUCAGAACAUAUAAAUAAAUGGAAAGAUGGAGCUACUUCGUCACACCUUCAGAUAUAUUAAGUUGUGGCCAUAAAACACUGUUUUCAUUUGCUUACAUACAGUGACUAUUUGAUAAAGCCAUCAGAAUGCAUUUUCAGGGCUAGAAGAAAAGCAUUUCUCUCACAUUUAUUCUAGAAGUCCAAUGCGCUAUCCAUUGCGCCACAGAGCCCUGCUCGCAUUUCUAAAUUGUUUUAGAAUGUUAAAGACUUAAGUGUGUAGUCACUUUAUCAAAAGAUUAAAGAACUGUUUUAAAGCAUACCAGUAAUGUUCAACCUGAUGCAUAUGUAAACUUUUAUUCUAAUUAUUUCACAUGCUUGCUGUGUUAAAUUGUAAAUGUUAUUUUCCUGUUAAUGUAACCAAAUGGCAAUUGAUUAACUAGAACUAGUGGUUUCAGAUGAACUCAGGUAUUCUUUCCUGACACUGUUUCCAGAACAAAGACUAUUUUUUGUAUUUCAAGACACAUCUGAAAGUUUUCUUUAGCAUCAACUUUUAUAAUUCCCACUCUAAAAAUCCUUAAAAUUUUCAUAAAAAUUUGUAUUUUUUAAAAUGAACAUUCUAAAUGCUAUAUUUUACCUGUAACAAUCAGAUUUUCUAAGUAAAGAUUAAUUUACUGUGAUAUAUUUUUAAUAGUCUUUGUAGUAUGAUAAGCAACCUAUGAGAACAGAUGAUUUAAAUUCAUUUUAUCUAUGAACUUCAAAAAAGCUGCCAGCUUUGAGUGCUUUUUGUAUAGUGCCAUGGACUACCUUGAAGUAAUUAAAAUUCACAUGAAUUAUAAA